AUGAGUGAAAUUAAAGGUGGUAUUGAUGAUGAUAUUAUUAUUGAUACUUCUUCAUUUAAUUUCAAUUCAAUAUCAUUAACUGCAAAAAUAAUUUUUAUACUUAUUUGUGGAUGUAAUAUGGUACAAAAUGCAAUUGUUGGAGGUUCAAAUAAUGCAAUAAUGACAACACUUGAAACAGGUUUCUAUAUGACAUCAACUGAAACAGGUUUAUUUCAAUCAGUUUAUGAACUUGUUGCGAUUUUUGCAUAUCCACUUGUUGGUUAUUUUGGUGAUCGAAGUGGUCGAAAAGUUCGUUGGAUAGCUAUAUCAAUGGGUGUACUUGCCGGUGGUUUUCUUGUUAUGUCAUUUCCACAUUUACUUGAAUCAAAACGUGGUAAACCUCCAUUAGAUCCAAGUAUUGCUGAUCAUUUAACAUUAUGUAAUCAAAAUCGAACAUUAAUUAAUGUUUGUACAAUAUCCAAUAAUCUUCGAUUUUUAAGUCAUUUAAAAUAUGUUUUCUAUCUAUCGAAUAUAAUCAAUGCAUGUGGCUCAGCUGCAUUACCAACAUUAGCUGUUACAUUAAUCGAAGAUAUGUUUCCACAAGAACAAGCACCUAUUGCUCAAGGUAUAUUUUACGCAGUUGGAGGAAUUGGUAUUGGUCUUGGUUUUCUUGCUACAUCACAAUUUUUAAAAGUUUACACUUAUAUUAAAAAACCACUUUGGUUAACACCAGUUUAUUCCGAAUGGGUUGGAGCUUGGUGGUUAGUUUAUGCAUUAGGUACUUGUAUAAGUCUUAUGCUAUGUUUAUCUCUUUGUAUAUUUGAUGUUGGGGAUCGUCGUAAUAAGUAUUUAAUGUCGCAAAGAGGAGGAAUGCAAUCAUCAUUAAAUCCAACAUAUUUAUUAUUACCAACAUCGACAAUAAAUCAAAAAGAUUUAACACAAAAUAAUCCUUUAAUAUCAUCACGUACAAGUUCAUCAACAACAAAUUUAAGUUCAACUGUUAAUAUUAUACCAAAUGAAACCAUUGAUGAAGAACAAAUUAUACAUGAUGAUACACUUGAUGGAAAAUGUUCUACAUCAACAACUUUAAUUAAAUUACAAAACGUUUUUGCUGAUGUAUUUUCAUUAAUUAAACAUUUACUCGUAAAUUUACGUUUUAUGGGUAUAACUUGUUGUGCUAUUGUUGAAGCAUUAUUAAUCAAAGGAUAUUUGGCGUUUUUAAGUAAACAUAUUGAAUAUCAAUUUCGAACAACAUCAUCACAUUCAAGUGUUUAUAUUGGCGUUAUUUCAUUAUUUUCUGUUAUAUUUGGUACACCAUUAGGCGCUUUUUGUGUCAAACGAUUUGAUAUGAAUGGACGUCAAUGUGCAAAAUUUUGUUGUAUAAUUCUAGCUAUGUCAUCUGUGAUUUUUCUUGGAUUAAUACUUCAUUGUCGUGAACCGACAAUUGGUACAACACAUUCCAUAAAUUUACCGCUUAUACAAACAGCAUUCGAUGAUGAUUUUUUCGAUGAACCUGUGACCGAAUUUAUUGAUAAGCCGUGUGAGCAAACAUGCAAAUGCGAUAUGAACAUAUAUGAACCAGUAUGCGAAAUGAAAAAUCGUAAAACCUAUCAAAAUCCAUGUCUAUUAGGAUGUAAAAGAAUUCUUAAAGGACGAUAUACUGAUUGUUUAUGUUUACCUAAGAAUAGUACAGUUACUGUUGGUCGAUGUAAAGAACGUAAAUGUACAAUAAAUUUAAUGAUUACAUUAUGUGGUGCAUUCAUUGUUGUAUUUAUGUCUUGUUGUGUAAUUGUGCCAGCAUUAAAAUGUGUUUUACAUAGUGUUCAUCCAACACAUCGAGCAUUUUCACUUGGUUUUAAAUCUACAAUGACAAAAACAUUUGGAUAUUUACCAGGUACAAUCUUAUUCGGGGCAAUUAUUGAUCGAACUUGUAAAACAUGGGUACGUGGAACAUGUGGAUUUAAAUAUCAAUGUAAACAUUAUAAUAAUAAACGUAUGGCUAUAUCAUUAGCAUUACUUGGCUGUGGUUUUCGAAGUUUAUCAGCAUUAUUUUGUGCUAUAUCAUGGUAUGCAUAUAUAAAAAUGCCUGAUUUACAAGAAAGAAGAAAAUCCAGUCAACACCAUUCACAAAUUUUAACACCGAAUCAAAUAGAUACUGUUGAUGGUUAA